AUGGAAUCCUACAAGGAGCUCACUUGCGAGUUCUUGGCUUCAAUGAGGUACCACAUGUACGAUGAGGAGGAUAGAGCUGAUUUGGACCAAGGAUUGGGAUGGAUCACGUUCUUGGCUAAGGGAGAGAAGAGAAUGGUGACCUUUAGGCAGUUGGAGAUCUUGUUUGGGUUCAACUAUGGAGAAGGGACCAAGUGGAACUUCAAGGAAAAGGAACUCCAAAGGGUUUGGGCUACAAUCGCUGAUGGAUACUCUUCCUCAAGGUCCAAGGCUGCUCAGAUCAGGAGCCCAGUGCUUGAGAUAUGUGCACAAGGCACUGCCAACACCUUCUUUGCAAGGAAAGCAACCGGGACAAUCAAUGAGGGGAACUCAAGUUUCUUGACAUGGGAAUCAAGCCCAUUCUCUCACGCACAAGCGAUGGCAAGAGGAUCAGGGGAGAUAGGUCACACAGGGAACUUGAUGCCUUUCCUUGACCAUCUCCUCACCUACAAGAUCACAGCCUACAACACUCGCAUCAACAAGGGAGAAGCUAAGUGUUGGAGGACUCAUCACUCCUAUCUUGUGUGCUGCUGGAGUGAACCCAACUGA